CCGCUCAGGUUUAAAUGCAAACAAGAACAAACUGUUAUUUCAGGAGUGUUAUGGGCAGCCCCUCUCUAUGUUUCUCCAGGACCACCCAGGGCUCCUCAUCCUCCAGGCUCCACUUUCUGGUUUCUUAAAGGAGCCACACCCCAUGAGCAGCCAUUCCCAAAUAUUACACUGGCGAAAGUCUCAAACUCAAGUGCAUUGGGAGCACAUACACCUGCAGUGGAAUGUAUAUGUGCACAAUACAUCUUGAAGAACAACAGUUACUGUAGUCCAGGCAAGUAGGAAAAGCCAGCAUGACUUCCCUCCUGCAGGAUAAACUUUAUGAGAUCCAGUGUCAGGCUCCUUCUCCCAGCAAAGACUUCCAUCACUUUACCAUCACCAAGACAGAGGUGAUCUGGAGAUCAUGGAGGAUUUCCUUUCGGCCUAAUCAAGAAAAGCUUUUCCCAAAGGAAGUGAGGAAACCCCACAGUGAUUUUUUGCUGAAUGAACAGUUACACAAGCAAGUGCAGAAUAUCUUUGGCUACAAGAUGCUGGAAUACACGCUGAAUUUGUGUCAGGGAUGUUACGAUUUCCUAACUCGAAUGCCUGAUAACCUGAUUAUGCACAUCCUGUCCUUUCUUAAUGCAGAUGACAUCAGACAGCUGUCAAAAACUUGCAAGAAGUUUCAGCAGUUAUGUAGCAGUGAAGAACUUUGGGAAAGAAUUAGACUGCUACAAGAUAAACACACUCAUGAUCUGAAGAUUAUGAGGUUCCCAGUUUACAAGAAGCUAAUGUACUUCAAUCAAAAGCCCAGUCAUCAGAAGCAGAUGCAAAGACGACAGACCACAUUCUUCUAAAACUGUUUGGCAAUUAUCAGACUAGACUGACAGACCACACAUCUUUUUUUCAUAUUAUGUUGCUAUUGUUAUUAAAAGUCUAUUGUGGAGAUCAAGAGAAUUAUAAUAAGUAAAUAUGAAUUGUCUCUAGAAGUUUAAGAGAUCACAGAGCUUUCCUUUCAUAAAUUAAAACUGAAAGGAGUGGAUUUAAAAAUCUUUAUUACAAAUAAUUCAUCAGAAAAAGAUUAGUGAUUUUUAUACCUUUCUCUUUGUGUAUGUGUGUUUUCUUUGUGCACGUAACAUCAUUUUUGUGUAUAGUCAGUUUCACUGUUUUGUUGAUGAUUCACAGCUCUAUUGGGGCACUAUUUAGCCAAAUCUGAAAGCAAACCCGUGGUGUAGCUCAG